AUGGACGUGGAGGCAAAUGAAGCGAUGAAGGUGGAGGCAGAAGAAGCGCUCCUUCAUCUGUUUGUAUGUAUCAUCACAAACCACAUGGAGGCAUCCAAAAUGAUGAACCAAACUUGCAUGGGUUUGCCUUCAUUAUCAAGGAAAUUAUCCUCAAAGACACUGCACAAUUUGCAUAGAGCUGGUGUUAGACAAGGAUGGAGAAGAGGAAAUCCAGUGAUUGUUGCUGCAAGUCCUCCUACAGAGGAAGCUGUGACCACUACAGAGCCAUUGACAAAAGAGGAUCUUGUUGGAUUCCUUGGUUCUGGAUGCAAGCCCAAGGAACUCUGGAGGUGA